AUGCGGCCCGAGGUUGAGCAGGAGCUCGCGCACACCCUUCUGGUCGAGCUGCUGGCAUACCAGUUUGCAUCGCCCGUGAGAUGGAUUGAAACACAGGAUGUCUUUCUCGCAGAGAAGACAGCCGAGCGUAUUGUUGAGAUUGGCCCUGCCGACACGCUUGGUGUUAUGGCAAAGCGAACCCUGGCGUCCAAAUAUGAAGCAUACGAUGCUGCAAAAUCUGUGCAACGACAGAUCCUUUGCUACAACAAAGACGCCAAGGAGAUCUACUAUGACGUCGAUCCUGUAGAGGACGAACCCGAGCCGACACCAGAGGCAUCAAGCAGUGCCGCCGCGCCUGCCUCUGCUGCUUCUACUGCUGCUGCUGCUGUUGCCGUAGCUGCACCGCCCGCCGGCGCCGGCCCAGCCGCCCAAGUCCCGGAUGCCCCAGUCCAGGCGCUGGACAUUGUCCGGUCUCUCAUUGCACAGAAGCUGAAGAAGCCUCUGUCUGAGAUCCCGCUGAGCAAGGCGAUAAAGGACCUAGUCGGAGGAAAAUCCACGCUACAAAAUGAAAUUCUUGGUGAUCUCGGAAAGGAGUUUGGCUCGACGCCCGAGAAACCGGAAGACACCCCGCUCGACGAGCUUGGUGCUGCUAUGCAAGCCACGUUUAACGGAAGUCUUGGCAAGCACUCGCAGUCAUUGAUUGCUCGCCUCAUCUCCUCCAAGAUGCCUGGCGGUUUCAACAUCACAGCCGCUCGGAAAUAUCUCGAAACACGGUGGGGCUUGGCAUCCGGCCGUCAAGACGGCGUGCUGCUUCUUGCUAUCACCAUGGAGCCGCCUGCACGUUUGGGCUCCGAGGCCGACGGCAAGGCUUACCUGGACGACGUUUCUCAGAAGUACGCGUCCAACGCAGGUAUCAGCCUGUCCACAGCAGCUUCCGCUGGCCCGGCGGCCGGCGGUGGUGGUGGCAUGAUGAUGGACCCUGCGGCCAUCGAUGCCCUAACCAAGGACCAGCGUGCGCUCUUCAAGCAGCAGCUGGAGCUCCUGGCACGCUAUCUCAAGAUGGAUCUCCGUGCCGGCGACAAGGCCUUCCAGACCUCGCAGGAAUCCUCAAAGGUCCUCCAAAGCCAGAUCGAUCUGUGGGCUGCCGAACACGGCGACUUCUACGCAGCCGGUAUCGAGCCGGUGUUCAGUCCGCUCAAAGCGAGAGUGUACGACUCGUCUUGGAACUGGGCGAGACAGGAUGCCCUAAGCAUGUUCUACGAUAUCAUCUUCGGCCGCCUGCAGACCGUUGACAGAGAGAUUGUCAGCCAGUGCAUCCGCAUUAUGAACCGCUCGAACCCGACGCUGCUCGAGUUCAUGCAGUAUCACAUCGACAACUGUCCGACUGAGCGCGGCGAGACUUACAAGCUUGCCAAGGAGCUCGGUGCCAUGCUCAUCGACAACUGCAAGGAUGUGCUGAACGUUGCCCCGGUGUACAAGGAUGUAGCCAUCCCGACUGGGCCGCGUACCAUCAUCGACGCCCGCGGCAACCUAAAGUACGAGGAGGUCCCCCGUGCCAGCUGCCGGAAGCUCGAGCAUUACGUGCAGCAGAUGGCUGCCGGAGGCAAGAUCACCGAGUACGGCACCCGCGCCAAGGUCCAGACCGGGCUCUCUCGGCUGUACAAACUCAUGAAGCAGCAGCACAAGAUAUCCAAGACGUCACAGCUUGAAUUCAAGAACCUCUAUGGCGAGCUGCUGCGGUCUCUGGAGAUGAACGAAAGCCAGAUCAUUUCGGCCAACGGGGCGGCCAAGAAGCCCUUGACCUCCAAGGGCACGCCGAAAGCCAAGGUUGAGACGAUCCCGUUCCUGCACAUCCGCAGCCAGGCCAGCAGUGGUUGGGAGUACAACAAGAAGUUCACCGGGCUCUAUCUCGACUGCCUGCGCGAGGCGGCGGCAUCCGGUGUCAGUUUCCAGGGCCGGUAUGCGCUGAUGACCGGCGCUGGUGCUGGCUCCAUCGGUGCUGAUGUGCUGCAGGGCCUCAUCAGCGGUGGUGCGCACGUAGUCGUGACGACCAGCCGCUACUCGCGUGAGGUGACCGAGUACUACCAGGCCAUGUACGCGCGGUACGGCUCGCGCGAGUCGCAGCUGGUGGUUGUGCCCUUCAACCAGGGCAGCAAGCAGGACGUCGAGGCUCUGGUGCAGUACAUCUACGAUCCCAAGAACGGUCUCGGCUGGGACCUGGACUUCAUUGUGCCAUUUGCGGCUAUCUCGGAGAACGGGCGGCAAAUUGACAGCAUUGACUCCAAGUCUGAGCUUGCUCACCGGAUCAUGCUGACGAACCUCAUCCGGCUGCUGGGUGCGGUGAAGACGGAGAAGGCCAACCGGGGCUUCAUCACACGGCCGGCCCAAGUGAUUCUGCCGCUGUCGCCCAACCACGGGACAUUUGGCAGCGAUGGUCUGUACUCAGAGUCAAAGCUCGGUCUGGAGACGCUCUUCAACCGGUGGCACGCCGAGGACUGGGCGGACUACCUCUCCGUCUGCGGUGCUGUCAUCGGCUGGACGCGCGGUACCGGUCUGAUGUCGGCGAACAACAUCGUGGCCGAGGGUGUGGAGCGUUUCGGCGUGCACACGUUCUCGCAGCAGGAGAUGGCGUUCAACUUGCUGAGCCUGUUGUCGCCUACGAUUGUGGAUCUGUGCCAAAACGAGCCGGUGAUGGCGGAUCUCAACGGCGGACUGCAGUUCAUCCCCAACCUGAACAACGUGAUGACCAGACUGCGCAAGGAGAUCACGGAGACGAGCGAGAUCCGCAAGGAGGUGACAAAGGAGACGGCCAUUGAGAGCAAGGUUGUCAACGGCGAGAACUACGAGACGCUCUACAAGAAGAAGACGAUUGAACCACGAGCAAACAUGCAGUUUGAGUUCCCGAACCUGCCCGACUGGAAGGAGGAGAUAGCGCCGCUCAACGAGAACCUCAAGGGCAUGGUGGACCUGGACAAGGUGGUAGUGGUGACGGGCUUUGCGGAAGUCGGGCCAUGGGGCAACUCGCGGACGCGGUGGGAGAUGGAGGCGCACGGUGAGUUCUCGCUGGAGGGCUGCAUCGAGAUGGCGUGGAUCAUGGGCCUGAUCCACAACCACAACGGCCCGAUCAAGGGUAAGCCGUACUCGGGCUGGGUGGACGCCAAGAGCGGCGACCCGGUGGACGACAAGGACGUCAAGGCCAAGUACGAGAAGCACAUUCUGGAGCACUCUGGCAUCCGGCUGAUCGAGCCGGAGCUGUUCGACGGCUACGACCCGAACCAGAAGCAGCUGCUGCACGAGGUGGUGAUCGACGAGGACUUGGAGCCGUUUGAGUCGUCCAAGGAGACGGCAGAGGAGUUCAAGCGCGAGCACGGCGACAAGGUGGAAAUCUUUGAGAUCCCAGAGAGCGGACAGUACACUGUGCGGAUGAAGAAGGGUGCCGCACUGUGGAUCCCGAAGGCGCUGCGAUUCGACCGGCUCGUGGCCGGACAGAUUCCGACGGGCUGGGAUGCCAAGCGGUACGGUGUUCCGGAGGACAUCAUCUCGCAGGUGGACCCGGUGGCGCUGUUUGUGCUGGUGUCGGUGGCAGAGGCGCUGCUGUCGUCGGGCGUGACGGACCCGUACGAGUUUUACAAGUACGUGCACGUGUCAGAGGUGGGCAACUGCAUGGGGUCGGGCAUGGGCGGUGCGACAGCGCUGCGCGGCAUGCACAAGGCACGGUUCCUGGACAAGCCGCUGCAGAACGACAUUCUGCAGGAGUCGUUUAUCAACACGAUGAGCGCGUGGGUGAACAUGCUGCUGCUGUCGUCGUCGGGCCCGAUCAAGACGCCGGUGGGUGCGUGCGCGACAGCGGUGGAGUCGGUGGAUAUCGGCUACGAGACGAUCAUGGAGGGCAAGGCACGGAUCUGCCUGGUGGGCGGGUUCGACGACUUCGGCGAGGAGGGCUCGUACGAGUUUGCCAACAUGAAGGCGACGAGCAACGCGGUAGACGAGUUCGCACACGGACGCACGCCCAAGGAGAUGUCGCGGCCGGCAACGACAACGCGGAACGGCUUCAUGGAGUCGCAGGGCAGCGGGGUGCAGGUCAUCAUGACAGCACGGCUGGCGCUGGAGAUGGGAGUGCCGAUCUACGGUGUCCUAGCGCUGACGACGACGGCAUCGGACAAGAUCGGGCGAUCAGUGCCGGCACCAGGAAUGGGCGUGUUGACGACGGCACGCGAAAACGCCGGCCGAUUCACGUCGCCGCUGCUGGACAUCAAGUACCGGCGACGACAGAUGGAGCUGCGCAAGCGGCAGGUCCGGCAAUGGCACGAAGCGGAGCUGGAGUACCUGGCAGACGAGGUGGCAGCGAUCAAGGCGCAGGGCGAGCCGUUCAACGAGAAGGAGUACGUGGCAGACCGGGCGUCGCACAUCGAGAAGGAGGCAGUGCGACAGGAGAAGGAGGUGCUGCGCAGCCUGGGCAACAACUUCUGGAAGAGCGACCCGAGCAUUGCACCGCUCCGAGGCGCGCUGGCGACAUGGGGCCUGACGAUCGACGAUCUGGAUGUGGCCUCGUUCCACGGCACGUCGACCAAGGCCAACGACAAGAACGAGUCGUCAGUGAUCUGCAAGCAGCUGGCACAUCUGGGCCGCACCAAGGGCAACGCGGUGCUGGGCAUCUUCCAGAAGUACCUGACGGGCCACCCGAAGGGCGCUGCUGGUGCGUGGAUGAUGAACGGCUGUCUCCAGGUGCUCAACACGGGUCUUGUGCCGGGCAACCGAAAUGCCGACAACGUGGACCAGGUGAUGGAGCAGUUCGACUACAUUGUGUACCCGAGCCGCAGCCUGCAGACGGACGGGAUCAAGGCCUUCUCCGUCACCUCCUUCGGCUUCGGCCAGAAGGGCGCACAGGCCAUCGGCAUCCACCCGCGUUAUCUAUACGCAACGCUGGACGAGGCCACCUUUGACGGCUACCGGGCCAAGGUGGCGGCACGCCAGAAGAAGGCGUACCGGUUCUUCCACAACGGCAUGAUCAACAACUCGCUCUUUGUGGCCAAGACGCACGCGCCGUACUCGGACGAGCAGCUGCCGUCGGUGCUGCUGAACCCGGAUGCGCGUGUCACCGUCGACAAGAAAACGGCCGAGCUGACAUUUGCGGCCAACUUCAUGCAGCAGGCGGCCAAGGCAACGCUGCCGACGGCCGGUGGCGCCGCGGCCAAGACCACGCUGGAGGCUCUCGAGGCUCUGGCCGCACAGGUGCAGACGCGCAAGAACAAGGUCGGCGUCGACCUGGAGGAUGUGGCCGCCAUCCACAUCAACAACGACACCUUUGUCGAGCGCAACUUUACGGCCGCUGAGAUUGCCUACUGCAACAGCACGCCCAAUGUGCAGGCCGCCUUUGCCGGCCGCUGGUCUGCCAAGGAAGCCGUCUUCAAGUCGCUGGGCGUGGCCAGCCGCGGUGGCGGCGCCCCGCUCAAGGAGAUUGAGAUUCUGCGCGACGACAAGGGCGCGCCCACAGUUCAUCUCCAUGGGCAAGCCGCAACGGCAGCCAAGGCGGCCAACCUCAAGGAGGUCAACGUGUCCAUCUCGCACUCGGACAGCCAGGCGGUCGCGAUCGCCGUGUCGACGUUUGAGUAG